AUGGAUUUGUCUCCCCCACGCGUAGCGAUUGUGACUGGCGCCGCACAAGGCAUUGGACGCGCCAUAGCGCUACGACUGGCUGACGAUCACCUUGAAGUUGCCGUGAAUGACCUUGCUUCGAAGACAGACCAGUUGCAGGAACUGGUAUCGCAAAUACAGACUCGAGGAGGACGUUCUCUCGCUGUUCCUGCAGAUGUCUCCAAGGAAGAUGACGUUCGGGACAUGAUUGCCAUGGUUGUCCAUGAGUUUGGUAGCCUCGAUGUGAUGGUGGCGAAUGCAGGAAUAUCGAUUAUCAAGCCAUUGAUAGAACUAUCCUUGGGAGACUUCGAUAAAAUCACGUCUGUCAACCUACGAGGCGUAAUGUUAUGUUACAAGCAUGCAGCCAUUCAGAUGAUACAGCAAGGAAGAGGCGGGCGAAUUCUAGCUAUGGCGUCAACCUCCGCGUAUUCUGCCACCAAGUUUGCCGUACGCGGGUUGACGCAGAGCACAGCUUUGGAGCUAUCGAAAUACGACAUCACUGCCCUCGAACUCCCCCCAAACGUUCCUGUCGGCGAGCCUGAAGUUAUCGCCAGUUUGGUCUCCUACUUGAUCAAACCCGAAGCAUACUUCAUCACUGGGCAGACAAUCAUGGUGAAUGGUGGUAUGAUGGUAGACUGA